AUGACAAGAAAGCCCAGCAAAGCUUUCUUGUUCGCUAAAGAACGACGUAGUAAAAAAAGAAGAAAUAUUUCCAGGCCAGGAGGGAUAGGAAAACUUUCAAAGAACGACCUCAUCAAUAUUUUAUCGCGACUCACCGCCAAAACUAUUUUGACAUGCUGCAGCGUUUGCAAAAGCUGGCGCACUUUAAUCUCUGACCCGGAAUUCGCUAAUCGCCACUUUGAAAGAGACCAUGAUCAGGAGGAGGUUGUGCUUCGUCCAGAUGGUCCUGGAUCCCUCUCAAGAACCCUCAUCUUGAUUGAUCUUGAUCGGUUAAAGCCUUAUGCACAGUUUUCUCUCCCCCUAAAUGAUCAGCUUCCUUUUUCUGGGAUUGAAGUUGUGAAUUCAUGCAAUGGCCUGCUGUACUUGUCCAGUUACCUUGACAAGAACCCAGUUCUUGUAUGCAACCCAAUUACGAGAGAGUACAUCAACAUUCCAGCAACUCACACAGAUCAUCAGCAAGAAAGGCUGCAGGCCGUGGCUUCUGGGCUUGGCUUUAGUCUAAAGAGUAAUCAGUAUAAGUUGCUGAGGAUAUUUGAUGUGGGAUAUGGUCAUGGUUUUGAUAAUCUACGGUCACAUGGAAGGCAGGCUGAGAUAUACACCCUUGGCAAAGGAUCAUGGAGAGUGAUCGAUCAAUUUCCCCCACGAAUCCCACACUCUUUCUUGUUUGGAACUUAUUUGAAAGGAACUAUUUCUUGGGCUUGCGCUAACGAUAUUAAUGAUAAAUUUGAUUUCAUAAUUUCUUUCAACUUUGACAAGGAGCAGUUCGAAUUUGUUUCGCUGCCUCCUUACUCUGCUGCAAAUCACAAGGGUAUAAGUGAUUUAAGAAUGCAAGGACUUGGAGGGUGUAUCAGUGUAUGCGACUUUUCUUGUGCUGAGUAUUUCGACAUUUGGCUCCUGAAAGAUUUUGGGGGCAAGAAGAAAAUCUGGAGCAAAGAUUAUCGUAUUCAUAUGUUGCAUGGAAAGGUUCAUCAGCCUAUAAGAAUUCUGAAUAAUGAGGAGAUUUUGAUGAUUCAAGGUUUGAACGCCAUGGUUUCUUACAAUCACUUGCGUAUGAAACUCAGGCGUCAUAAAAUUUGUGGGAUUCAAUCACAUUUUGGAGCAAGUAUUCACAUUCCUAGUUUUGUUUCGCUCAAGGAUAUAGUAGGAGGCGAUGAGGUGGAGGUGCUAAUUGUCAAGGUAAAAUGCAUGUGAAUCCUCAAGCUUCUAAACACCACAGAACCUUCGGUUUCUGUUCCGCGUCAGGUUCUAUCAAUGACUGGAAGCAGUUUCACUUCUUCAUUCAUUAAGAAAAGAAACAUCCCUUUCUAACUUUCAUCGGGCAAAACGAACAAUGUCAAUCAUUGUUUAUUCAAACUUAGUUUUGUUAUUCAUUGCACUCCACAAUGAUUUUUCUUUCAUUUCAGUCACAGAACUUUAUUUCUCUUAUAAUUUCAUCCUCCCAAGUUAUAUUACCAAGCAGCUUUUUCUUCACCCCCCUGUCUUGUAUACUAACUUGGAAUCCAAGGAAAUAAAAAGGAGAAGCAGCGAGCAAAUAAUAAAAUAAAAAAAAUUGACCCAGGGGCAGGGUACUU